AUGGAGAGUUCAGUAGACGGAGAAGGAGGAGUUGUAGGAGGGUUUUCUCACUUACAGAGCUGUGGUGACAGUAGUGAAGAAGAGCUUUCUGUGCUGCCACGUCAUACUAAAGUGGUAGUUACUGGAAAUAACCGUACUAAGUCGGUUCUCGUGGGUCUUCAGGGUGUUGUCAAGAAGGCUGUUGGACUUGGCGGGUGGCAUUGGCUGGUCCUGACAAAUGGCAUAGAAGUAAAGCUACAGAGGAAUGCUCUUAGUGUGAUUGAGGCUCCCACAGGCAAUGAGGAGGAUGAUGAUCUGGAAUUUGAUAACGUGCAAUGGAAUGGUUUGGAUAUGGGUGAGCUGGCAUCCGAUGACACUCAAAAGUCCCAUAGAUCAAGGAAUCGGACGCAUAAAUCAACAGGAUCGUCUCACAAGACUAUGAGCAGGUCUCUUUCUUGUGACUCACAGUCUAAGGGCUCUGUUUCCACCCCUCGUGGGACCACGAAGGUUGACCUCAGCAAGUUGGAGAUGGCUGCUUUGUGGAGAUAUUGGCGACACUUUAAUCUUGUGGAUGCCAUACCCAAUCCAUCUAAGGAGCAACUAAUUGAUGUUGUUCAGAGGCAUUUUAUGUCGCAGCAAAUGGACGAGUUGCAGGUUAUUGUGGGAUUUGUCCAGGCUGCAAAAAGACUGAAGACUGUCUGCAAAUGA